AUGGCGAAUUUCCCGCUUGCACUGGCUCCUGGAGCGUGCCUGAGCUGCCGGCAGCAAAAGCAGCGCUGUGAUAGGGUCAUCCCCAACUGUUCUCGCUGCGUGGCGAGAGUUGUCAAGUGUACAUACCCAGCGAGAGAUCAAGCUGCUUUGCGCCAAAUUGCGUCCGUCUCCCAAUUUGCGGCGGCUACAUUGGUUAUCUUGCGCGGCCUUUGCCCGCUGGACGUGUCCCCUACUGGCGAGCGCGCCUUGCUCUGGGCGGCGUGCGCGAGGCAGAGUACCUUUGUUGAUGAUGGAGACGCUCCGCAGGCAUCCUUGUCUUGCAUCAUCAAUGACAUUUUCGAUUCAGCCGGCGUUCACGUCGUGGGCACCGUAAGAAGCUACUUCGACAUUGCCCAUCACUGGCUGCCAAUUCUGGACAGGGACAAUGUCCUCGCCAGCACGGAGAAUUUCGUUGCCCAAAAGGCGGUUUCGGCGGUCGAAGACGAUGCUUUUGCUCUCAUGAUAGUUUGCAUGUAUCUCUUCAUCACCCCGCCAUGUCAACACGCAAAUCACCCAGUACGACAUACCUUGUAUCGGACCGUCAAAAGCCUCUUUUCCAUUCUGCAAGCCUCCUCAGACACCGCCGCACAAGUCCUUCUCAUGCAGUCUGGUAUAAUACUCGCAACUCAUGAGAUUGGCCAUGGCAUGAGCAAGGAUGCCUACGAGACAUUGAUCGCUUGCCGGAGCCUCCUUCAGCGCAUCAACCUGCAUAAUCACAUAACCAACUUUGCCGGCCAAACAGGCCGACACGUCUCCCUUCACCGCUUGCAGCUAGAUUUAUGCCUUAGUGCCAUCAUUCUUCUCGAUAUGACCGUCGUGCUAUCAACUAUUGACCAUGACUUGCCGCAACUCGUCCACCCAAGCCAAGUACCGCAAGACUCUCUACUUCACAGAGCCUCAAAUGAGGACAUCUACGGCGAAGAUGCCGUCCGUAAUCUAUUCGCCCGCGCACAACACGCCCUUCGCCUCGGCGACAUGUCCAGGUCCAUAGGCUCCUCGACCGACUUGGCACAAUGCGAGGCCAUCGAAAAGACGAUAUACGGCCAAAUUGGCAGCUACAUAUCCAAAACCCAAGGAGGACGGUUUCCCCUCUGCGAAACCGUCGCCAUGUCGCUCAGUACAUUGAUGGUUCUGUACCGGAAAACAAACUACCUCACGUCAGCCGUGGGCGAUGCAAAGUCCAACAUGGCGGCCACCUGCGCGUCGUUGAACCUACGGGGUUCUUGCUGA